AUGAAUAUUGUCUUUUCUCUUCUUCUCCUGAUAAUAAAUUUUGAAGCGUUCCAUUCGACAAGUUCAACACGGAACGAUACUUUACAAUUCGAGUUCGAUCUGUAUUGUAAAUUCAUGGAAACUCGGCCAUUCUUCAAUUUUGAAAUGAAAAUUGUGGAAGUAGAUUUUGGUGAGAACGAUGUUAUUAUUCCACCAACCAAAAAAAAAUUUACUGAUAUCAUGAGUUUUGUUAAAUAUUGGGGCUAUCAAUGUGGAGAUGGUGAAUCAACUGAUUAUUAUUGGCUCGCAUUUUUUGAACAUAAUUGUACAGAAAAUGGACAAACUAGACAGGAGGUUUUGAGUCAAAAUACGAAACAACAUUUGGAAGUUGGAGUUGAUACUAGAAUUAGUUUCAAAAUUGAUUUAUCGGAUUUUGAUUCGAAUAAAGUUCAAAGCUCUAUCAAGUAUGAACGUUUGGAAAAAAGAAAAAAUUAA